ACGAAGAAGAAGUGUACUUUUUAAAUACAAAUGUCUUGACACAUGAUUGUGUUCCAAAUGGAGGAAGAGGAGAACACAUUAACCAGAUGUCGCCUGUUGGAUCUACCCUGGAGGACGUGCUGGUCGCCCAUAUUCUCUCUUGCUUGCCUUUAAGGCAGCUAGUCAGCCUGCAAAGAGUGAGCAAGCGGUUCCGCGCACUCAUCCAGAUCUAUUUCGCCAAAUGCAAGAGUUUCGAUCCAGCAGAGCAGUCCAUUCCCAAGGAAGCCUUUAUCUUCAUGAUGAAGGACAACAAAGUUCUGCAGAAGCUGUGCCUCCAGAGCUGCUCGUGCUGGCUGACAGACCACGACCUGCUCCCGCUUCUCAGCCAGAACCAGCGUCUUCUCAGCGUGGACAUGGCCGGGUGCGUCGGUCUGACUCACCGCUCCCUGGCGGCGUUGUCUUUGACCUGCUGCGCACACCUGCGCCACCUCGCCCUGGCGGACUGCAGCUUCGUGGACGGCGUGUCCCUGCGCAGCUUGGCGGACCACUGUGGAGAGCUGCGCUCCGUCAACCUCGCCGGGUGCCGCCAGCUAAAAGACGACGCCAUCUGCUACCUGGCCAAGAAGUGUGCAAAGUUAACCUUUCUUUCUUUGGCGCUCAAUGGAAAUAUCACAGACGAGUCUGUGGAGGAGGUGGCCAAGAACUGCAGGGGCCUCGAGCAUCUGGACUUGAAUUGUUGCCUGCCUGUCAGUAACCAGUCCAUCAGGACCCUUGGAGAAUAUUGCCCCAAGCUGCAGUCCUUGAAGGUGAAACACUGCCACCAGGUGACGGAGUCCAGCCUGGAGCCUCUACGCAAGCGCAACGUGCUCAUCGAUAUCCAGCCGCUACCGGAAAGGGCACGGCUGUCCCACAUGCUGCGAUACACUCCUUUUGUCAAUUUACAGGUCUAAAUUGGCUGUCGAAGUGUACCAACAUGUCGGAAUACAUCCUCGUCCUUCUACUAUCCAGGUGAGAGGCAUGAUUUAUGACCUACAAUAAACUUCCAUGACCACCGAGGUGAGGAAACAGCUGAUCAGUCUAUGAUGUCAACAUAGCCAGCGCCGCUAUGAAUAGUUAGUCUGCGUUAGCGCUUAUAAUAACAAUAUCACUGUGAUACUUGGUUAAUAUUCAAGUCACGAAAUGUAAAUGGAGUAUAAUUGUCGCUUUUAUUGGGUUUUAUGGGCAAAAUAGAGGACUUCCCAUUGGCUCCGGACUUUUAUUUACGAGUUAGAAUGCAUUUUAAAAAAAAGAUGCAUACGUCGUCAUGUCUUUCAUACUGAUUGUGAACGAUAGGCAAAAUUC